GGAAACAUAGCUGCUGACUUCGAGGUCGCAUUUCAACUGGCUGUGGAGGAGACACGGAGGCAGUCAUUGUUUGAACAAGAUCGUGCUCUUGCCGUCAGACUCAGCAUAAUCGACGACGAUGAUGUAGUCUUUCCGAACGCACAGACUACCGUCAACAAUGGCCAUCAGAUAGACGGUCAUGACAACACUCACGGUACGAAUGUCUCGGCAAGCCUCUCUGGACAGCGUCAGGGAUCGGUGGCCACGCGUCGCCGGGACACUGGGCAUAUUUGUGUGAUCUGCACUGAUCCCAUCUAUAAUGACGAAGUUCGUGCACCAUGCGGAGACUAUUACGACAGAGAAUGCAUCGUGGCGCUGUUCGAAGCAGCGGUGCGGGACGAAUCGCUCUUCCCGCCACGCUGCUGCAGGCAGCAUAUUCCCCUCACAUUAGUCCAUCGUUUCCUGAGCGCCGCGCUUGUCAAGCUUUUCCACGAAAAGACGAAGGAAUUUGGGACGCUCAAGCGCAUCUACUGCGCGAACUCGUCCUGCAGCCGCUUCCUCGGCGCGCAGGUCGAGGGCGCGUUCUCGCGCUGGCUCUGGCCGACAUACAAGUGUCCUGCGCCCCGUUGUGGCACGAGCACGUGCACC